AUGUCGAGCGAGUUAGAUGCUGGCAUAUUCCCCCUGUCGCUGCUUAAGACUGCCAGGAGCGAUCUGUACAAGCCCAACGAUCUGGGUCGACAAGCGAUAUUGAACGAUAUGACUAGCGAGACUUUCCUUCGCGAGGCCUUAGCAGCUCAAUUGCUGAGCCGAGCUCGAGCCACGCCAUCCAGCGCAAUCAUGACGACCCCACAGAGCGUAGCCCAAGAGGCUGGCCAUCUGAUCAUGCCCUGCUUCGGCAUCUGA